AAUCGCAGCCGUUGAACUUCAUAGCUUCUCUCCGACAAAGUCUUUACAUUUUCAUCUGCCUCUGCAAACCCUCAUUGUCUCUUUCUCUCUCUGCAUCUCUCAUUCAUCCAUCUCAAUCUUUUCAUUUUAGAUAUAGAAAACGCAAGGAUUGGACUGUGAUCGUGAAUUUUAGAGAGAGAAAAUGAAUGCUGUUGGAAGGCAGAGAUCUGGGGCAUCAUCGACUGUGCACCACCAGCGGCAGUACUCCGAUAAUUUUCUAGAAUCAUCAUCAAACGACCGAUGGCUCCAAUCAGCUGGUCUUCAGCAUCUGCAGUCAUCUAACAAUGCAGUUCCUCCACUUCAGGAUUUUGGACACCAUAAUGGAGGGGGUCAGGACUCGAGAAUGUCUAGGAGCGUGCAGGCGCAGAGGACUUACAGUGGAAGAAGCGAUUUGUUUGCUGAACCAUUGACGCCACCACUAAAUUCACGGCCGGGAAGUCAGAGAAGGAACGGGGAGGAGCAGGUUUCGCCAAAUGAGUAUAGUCCAGGGCUCUUGGAUCUGCAUUCUCUGGACACCGAACUACUUACUGAGAUGCCAGCUCCUAGUCUGUAUAGUGGCACCUCAAUGCAUUUUACACGGGGGAGAAGCUUUGAUGACUCCGACCCAUACCUUGGAAACAAUAAACAAACAGGCAAAGCUCGUGGUUUGCCAGAGAACAAUGUUAUGAAAAGCAUUGCAGCUGACAAUGUGAAGGCCAGCAAUGUUGCAAAGAUCAAAGUGGUGGUACGCAAAAGACCAUUAAACAAAAAAGAAUUGUCAAAGAAUGAGGAAGAUAUCAUUGAAACACAAUCUAAUUCUCUCGUCGUCCAUGAGACAAAAUUUAAGGUUGACUUGACAGAAUAUGUGGAGAAGCAUGAAUUUGUCUUUGAUGCUGUGCUGAAUGAGGAAGUAUCAAAUGAUGAGGUCUAUUGUGAAACUGUGGAGCCCAUUGUUCCAAUAAUUUUCCAACGCACCAAAGCAACUUGCUUCGCCUAUGGGCAAACAGGAAGUGGCAAAACUUUUACGAUGAAACCACUACCCCUAAAGGCAUCUAGGGAUAUCUUGAGGCUCAUGCAUCACACUUACAGGAAUCAAGGGUUUCAAUUGUUUGUAAGCUUCUUUGAGAUAUAUGGAGGAAAAUUAUAUGAUUUACUCGGCGAUAGAAAAAAGCUUUGCAUGAGAGAGGAUGGCAAACAACAAGUUUGUAUUGUAGGCUUGCAAGAGUACAAAGUAUCAGAUGUGGAGACAAUUAAGGACCUUAUUGAGAAAGGAAAUGCAACAAGAAGUACAGGCACCACUGGUGCAAAUGAGGAAUCAUCCCGUUCACAUGCCAUUCUUCAGCUUACCAUUAAGAGGUCAACUGAUGGCAGUGAAUCCAAACCUGCUCGAGUUGUUGGCAAGCUCUCCUUCAUAGACCUUGCUGGUAGUGAACGCGGUGCUGAUACUACUGAUAAUGAUAAACAAACUAGAAUGGAAGGAGCUGAGAUUAACAAAAGCUUGCUUGCCUUGAAGGAGUGCAUUAGAGCCCUUGAUAAUGAUCAAGGGCAUAUUCCAUUUAGAGGCAGUAAAUUAACUGAAGUCUUAAGGGAUUCAUUUGUUGGAAAUUCUCGUACUGUGAUGAUUUCAUGUGUUUCACCCAAUGCGGGAUCCUGUGAACAUACAUUAAACACAUUAAGAUAUGCGGACAGGGUGAAGAGCCUUUCAAAAGGGAACAACAACAAAAAAGACGUUUUCUCAUCAACCUCAAAUCUGAAGGAAUCAACAACACAACCCCUGUCAUCAAUUUUACCAUCUGCAUCAACAUUUGAAGAUGACACUGUUGAUUCAUGGCCUGAACAAACUGACAGGGAAGAAUAUGACGAAGAGUUUUACGAUCAAGACAAGCCUGUGUGGAAGCAAAACUCAAAAGUUGAAUCAUACCGUUUUUCUAACAUGGACGAUAAAAUGAGGAGAGCGAACGGCCAGUCGAAGUGGAAGGAACCUCUUAAAUCUGAUAUGAAAUACUCAAACUAUGACGAUGAUUUGAACUCUCUAUUAAAGGAAGAGGAAGAUCUAGUCAAUGCUCAUAGGAGACAAGUGGAGGAGACAAUGGAUAUUGUUCGAGAGGAGAUGAAUCUAUUGGUCGAGGCCGAUCAACCAGGUAAUCAGCUAGAUGAUUAUGUCACCAGAUUGAAUACAAUCCUAUCCCAAAAGGCUGCCGGUAUCUUACAGUUACAGAAUCGCUUGGCUCAUUUCCAAAGACGACUAAAGGAGCAAAACGUUCUAGUAUCUUCUGGUAAUUAAGUGUCAUAAGAAAAUGCAGAGAGUUCAGUGUGAUGCAUAUUGCUUGGGAAUAUUGAUGUCAUAAUCAGGAAAUUGUUUGUUGGAUUGAUGCAAAUUUGUGAGUUACUAUAUUCAGGCCUCAAGUUGAAAUAUAGGGUGUCAGCAGUCGCUCGAGUCAUCCGACUAAGGCCCCCAUCUCAAUUUCAUCAUCAUUAUUUUUCUUUUUAACAAAUUACAGAAAAUCAUGCAGCAGCUGAUGCCAUUUUAAAGCUUUGCAGCCAUGUAAUUCCUAAUAUUAUCGAAUGUUGUGAGAAAGACCUUUGUUUCAAUUUGAAUGAUUCCAUGCUGUUUGUCUGUGAUCCA